CAGCAGCUGACAUCAAUGAAAAGCUUCUCGAGCCCUAGUACUACCUUCAACACCUUUUUGGUAAACGAGUUACAAAACCAUCUCUAUGUGGGAGCAAUGAACGCCAUCUUUGUUCUUAAUUUGACUUCAGUGGCGCAGGAUCCAUUUAUGAUAAAGUGGAAUGUUACAGAGACUGAACAUCAAGCUUGUAUCCAUAAAGGCAAGAUGAAGACUAAAUGCCAUAACUAUAUUCGAAUUCUGAAAGCCUGGAAUGAGACACACCUCUUUGCCUGUGGAACAUAUGCUUUUGAUCCUCGUUGUGCAUAUAUCAACAUCUUAGAUUCUGUCAAAAUAUCAGAGGAUAGAGUGCAAGGAGUGGAAAAGGGACGAGGGAAAUGCCCAUUUGAACCAAGGCAACCAUUUGCCGCUACCUUGGCAGAUGGAGUGCUAUAUGCAGCCACAGCAAUUGAUUUUCAGGGCAAGGACCCAGCUGUAGUUAAGAAUAUAGGACGGCAAGAAAAGAUCCGCACAGAGGACUCUGUCAAAUGGCUGAGUGACCCAGAGUUUGUGGGAUCAACAUUCAUCAGAGCGGAUUAUGGUACCAGUGAUGAUGACAAACUCUACUUCUUCUUCAGCGAGACUGCCCGGGAAUUUGAGUACUACAAGGUGGUACGCGUUCCUAGAGUGGCCCGUGUUUGCAAGGGAGACAUCGGUGGUCAAAAAACACUCCAGAAAAGAUGGACCUCCUUUCUCAAAGCCCGUUUGGUGUGUUCUGAUGAAAACAAUGAGAUGUUUUUUGAUAAGAUUCAUGAUGUUUUUACUCUUCAGUCUGACAAGAGUGACACAAAAUCCACUGUCUUCUAUGGAGUCUUUUCCACAAGGUGGGACAACCAAGAUGUUUCUGCAGUGUGUGCUUACGACAUCACAGACGUGCAGAAAGCUUUCGAUGGGCAAUAUAUGGAGUACAAAAGAGAGUCCGACAAAUGGGGCAUUUACCGUGGUGAAAUCCCAGAUCCCCGUCCUGGCACAUGCAUCACUAGCCAGUUGAAGGAGAAGGGCUACAACACAUCCUUGGACCUGCCAGAUAAUGUGCUGAUGUUUGUCCGAGAUCACCUUCUGAUGGCCGAUUGCAUCCACCCAAUAGGCAGGAGGCCCCUCCUCAUCAUGAGAGACACACUAUAUUCCAAGAUCCUUGUCAAGAAAAUGAAUGCCGGGACUGAGGUUUUGUACUUGGGGACAGAAUCUGGACAUUUGCACAAAGCAGUCAGACGUGGCUCUAAAACCCAUGUGGUGGAGGACUAUGCAGUGUUCAAGUCUGCUGAGAAAGUUCUGAACAUUGCCCUAAAUCAGGAAUUUGUCUACGUUGGAUCAAAUAACUUGGUGGUUCAGCUUCCAGCUGUAAACUGCAGCAGGUAUUCCCACUGUGAGGGCUGCCUUCUGGCCAGGGAUCCAUCUUGUAGCUGGGAUGCGCAGAAAUUGGAAUGUGUUCCAUUCGGGAACAAAACGGCUCAGUGGUUUCUGCAAGAUGUAGAAUACGACCAUCUACAGACCAACACCUUAUGUAAAACUGAGAAAGACAUUUCACUGCCAAUGACGAUGGUACCAAUGGUGAAUGGGACCACUAUUUUCCUUCAGUGUGAACCCAGUUCUGCCUGGUCAACUUGUCACUGGACAACGCCCAAUGGAAAUUUGAGUAACAAUGAUAAAGCCAAGGGAAUUGCUGUGAAAGCUGCACUGAGCAGCAUAGGUAAUUACAGGUGCAUGUGCAUUGAGGACAAAGUUCAGGCUCUUAAAGCUUUCUACAGUCUGGAGUUUGGAUCUUCAAUUGACCCAAGGAAGGAAACUCAUUCUUAUAAUUAUUUGCUGAUGUUUUUCUUCUUGAUCCUUGGCUUUGUUAUUGGUGCCUUUGCUUGCAAGUUUGUCAGUUGGUAUUGCAGCAAGAAAAAGGCACCUGGGAGCAGCCAUAAGGAGGGUUGUACAGAUGCAGCAGGAGGAACUACGGUCCACAGUUUGGACACCACUGAUGAAAUCCGACCCUUGACCAUCAGCCAGAAAAGGGAAUCAGAUCUAAAUGGGACCAGUGAAAAAGACGAGGACCAUGUAAAUAUAGAUAAGGAAGUGAAUGGAGUGAACGUGGGCCCUUUGAGAAACCACACCAUUUCUAUCAUAUCAUGCCAGGAUGAAACUUCAAUUUAAUUACUGGCUGACAGAUUAACUGCCACCCUUUAAGAAUAUGGCCCACAAAAGCAGUCAAGUACCUGCUUUACAAAAACAAUGUGUUGCUUUUAAUUCUGUCCACAUGUAUUUCUUCUAAGUAAGAAAGCAAAAAAUUUGGGAGUGCGAUGCCCACUCAACAUCACAGUUUUCACAGCACCUUCAUCAUACAUGCCUGGUACAGGGCCUCUGCCUUGGGUAUGUUGGAGAAGGUGCAUUUUCUUUUUUAUGUGACCAUUUUACCCUCUGAAGAUUACCCCAGUUGCCAGUUUUAGUUUAAACCAAAACGUUUAAAGAAUUGGCAUUGUUUAAACCUGUGAAUAUGUGUUUUUUUUAAGAGAGUGUCAAAGAUGGAAUUUAGUUGAGUGCUCAGGUCUCUGGGAUGGACUCUUGUUCUGUAGCGAGCUCAUUGAUCUCAAUCAAUGGGGCACUGAGUAUUGCGAGGAGAAUAAACAGCCACCCAGCAUUUCUGCUCUUGUUCACCAUUCCAUGACCACUUCGUGGCUAUAGAGGACAUAUGCACAUACGGCAAGAGGUCAAGACUAGUUCUGAUAGCCCUGUUCAUGGUCAAAUUACUUGCAGAGCUGUGAAGAAAGAUUGGGACAGUGCAUUUAACUGGAUAGCUCUUACGAAGAUUCAGCCCACACACAAUAGGUUGAAUGUCCUCCUCCUGUAAUGUGUCCUCCUAUGACUUUUUAGGAGUAUAUGCGAAACAGUGGCCAUUGGUCUGAGAUAUUAUUGUCACCCUGCACUUAAGGAUUCACACUGAAAAGGGACUCAGCAUCUUUGAGAAAGAAGAAUUAAAAGAAGUAAAGACAAAAAUGACAACUAAUACUCACAUCUAAGACCACUGAUCUCAUGGGUUUGUCAAGAAUUUAUUUCAAAUGUAUGAAACGUUGGCUGUGGAGAUGCAUGCUUACCACUGGGACAGUUCAAUCCGAAGUGAACUUGAUUAACUUGGAAUAAGGGUGUUGCUGUGUGUAGUACACCAGUAAUGCCAGCAUGCAGUCAGUAUAUCUGCUGUGUGACUACUGAGAGGAAGAAUGCAGUCGAAGACAUUGUAACACCUGGCACUGCAUUCCUUUCAUUGCCAUUGGAAUCAAAGGAUUCACACAAUUUAAAAUGUUCCCGAGCAGAAGGGAACAAACCGAGCACAACCACCACUGUCCUCACUUGGCCUUCCACGCUGUUUCAAUGUUGUUCUUGCUGUUAUAAGUGGAUGGGCCUUGUAGACUGACUACUCAACUGUUGUAAACAUUAGUCGUUCUUUGUUUUAGCCCUGCUUUACUCUGCUAGUACUUUAUUUUUAGUGAUUGGUUUAUUAUCAUUAUCAGUUUGACUGAUGCUCUUCCAGUGUACUUUUGGUUGCAGUGGAAAUUGGGGGAGGUGAAAUAUGAGUUAAUGUGUAGCAUUGUGUCUAAUUUUUGUCCAUUGCAUCAGGUUUAACCUGGGAGAACAGUAACUUUGGGAACAUCACUGCUAUCUUUAAACUUAUUCAGUAUGUAGACUCUGUCUGGGAGUGAUGGACUCGCACUUUAAGCCAAUAAAUAACUUUUAUGUGCGAUGUUCCUAACUCACCAUCUCACUCUACCAACUGUUGUAACCACUAUUACUUGAGAUAAUAUUAACAGUGUACAAUAAGCGAUAUUGAAAUAACUGUUCAUUGUACUUCUGACCUGACAUACCCUUCCAUUGGCUUUAAAUGGUAGAAAAAUCAGGCUGGAUAUAUAUUGCCUGACAAAUCCACGUCUCCAGUUUUACAAUGUCUCCCAAAGUUAAAAUUAGGCCUUUGCCUUUUGAAACCAUUUGAAAUGACAUGGUGUAAAACUUGACUUCUAGGUGUUCCUUUCACAGUUAAACUGGGCUUGUUACGAAGGCUGCAUGGCUCCACAGACACUCCAGAUGUGUGGGGAUUGGUAUAAAAUUGCAGCAGGGUCACAAUUCUAUAUGCUUUAAGUGCAGUUCUGGUGACAUUACUGGAGUCCAUCCCUUAUCUCUAUCAGUAUUCAGUAACAAGCCUAAACCUUUGCAGUAUUGUUAUGAACUUUGAUUUAUCAUUUUAUUUAAUAUGGAUUGAGGGAGUUUGAAAAUUGAUGGGAGGGUUGGGGGAGGGAUGGUAGGGAUUUCUGAUGGCUAAGAGGAUAGAUUUAUUUUCAUGGUUGGAUCUGAACCACGAGAAGGAUACAAGGUCAGUUAUGUGUCAAUUCAGUGUCAGUUAAGACAGGAGAAUGGACUAUAAUGUGUCCCUGAGAUAAUCGGAGAAAAAUAUGAAGCGGUUCUGUCCACACCCUGAUGUGUCAGAUAUUUGGGUGCACACGUGGAGUCAAGAUUUGUGAACAAUGAUGCAUUCAGUGGAGAAUGAACAACCGACACACUCUCUGUAUAGUCUCCGGUGUGACAAUUGGGCACAUGAACAAAUGAUUGGAAGGGUUUGCCUUUUCAGUCUGUAGCUCAGUGGAAGUUGGUGCCUUCUGAAGAACGGGGGGAGUAAUGUUGGGGGGGGUGCGGUUUUCGGGGGAGUGGGGCUUUAUGCUUGGGACAAUUAAUGAAUUCUGAGCUUUUGACUGUCUUUUUAUACAUAAUCAAUCUAUUCAUUGCACCUUUGUUGUACCUUUGUUUCAGAAAUUAUUACAUUAUUACAUGCUGUGAUGUCUCAUUAUUUCAUGCUGUGAUACAAAAGGUGACCAUGCACAUUUUCAGUUUAGUGCAGUAGCAGGUGAUCUAGAUAACUGGCAGUAAAAUGUUUUAACCAGUUGUGUAGAGAAAUUCUCAGACUUCAGUUACCAAAAUGAUGUUUUUUUAAAAUAAAUGACUAUUUUGUGGUAUU